GCACGGAAGCUUCGACAACGAUGGAGGCCCCUACGACAACUGAAGUUCCCACAACGACUGUAGCGCCCGAACCAGAACAAGCCGUCUUUAACAACAGUCUCACUGUGAAUUCUGAUUACACUCCCGAGUUGGCCAACACCUCUUCUCCCGAGUAUAUCAAUCUCACUGUGUCUUUCUGUAAUGGGAUUCAAUCUAUCUAUCAAAGCAGUUCGUUAAAUGGAUCUUUCCAAUCAUGUGAAGUCACGGCAGUUAGAAAUGGGAGUCUGAUAUUGGAGUAUUUACUGGCAUUUGCAAAGGCAGCAUUUAUGGAGGUAGCUAAAGCCACGGCACCUGUUAGCAACGCUACUGUGGCACCACCUAGUAAUGAUACAAAUGCCACGGCAGCGCCACCGCAGACAGAAGUGAGUGUAAAAAGUAAUGCCGUGUCAUGA